AUGACCCGUCCUGAUAUCUUCUAUGAGCCGCCUAAGGGCGAGAAGUCAGGUCUCCCCCAUGACCCUUUUAAAAGCUUCGUUAUUCCUCGACCAAUUGGUUGGAUCAGCACCACAAGUUCAACUGGUCAGGAUAACCUUGCACCCUUUAGCCAAUUCACCAAUGUCUCGUUUGACCCCCCAACCAUCAUGUUUGUGGGACACCAAUCUGUCUAUAAACGUGAAAGCAAGGAUUCGGUUGUCAAUGCGCGACAAACUGGAGAGUUUGUCUGGAAUAUGGCGACGUUUGAUACUAGAGAGGCAAUGAACGCCUCAGCCCUAGAGUCUUGGAAUGAUGAAUUCCCCAUCGCAGGGGUGACAAAGGCGCCAAGUCGCGUUGUCAAGCCUCCUCGAGUGGCUGAAUCCCCAGUUCAACUGGAGUGUAAAGUUCAUUCCAUUGUCAGAAUUCAGGGAGAUUCUCUCGUGGGGCAUUCUGAUAUCGUGAUUGGCCGAGUCGUCGCCAUCCAUGUGAAAGGAGAAUAUAUUACACCCGAUGGGCUAUUUGAUGUUCUGAAAGCGGCUCCUCUUGCCCGACUCGGCUACCACCAGUACACUGCCAUCCGCGAAGUUUUCGAUAUGAAAAUGCCCUUUAUGUACAAUGACACUGUUAGUGGAAACACACUUGGUGGUGAGAAGGGAGCUUCGGAUGCCGAGUUAUAUGCCACCAAGGAUAAUAGGCCUCUGGAAGAGAAGCAGCAGGAGGAAUUGGAACGUAUGCAAGGGACUGUCACUAAGCGUAAUUGA